AUGGCUGACUGUUAACAAAGACGAGACGUUUUCUUUGUUACUAAAGCCUGUAGCCAUGGCUGAACAAAGAACAAGCUCAACUCCGAGUAGCAUCGCCACGACAACGGCCACAACGCCGAUAGCAUCGAUGGCGAACACAAUCCGGUCUCCCGGACCUCUGCCCCAAGUGCAGGUGAUCCCGCAGACGAUGCACAGUCCCCCGUACCUGGCCCAGUUCCCCUACAAUCAACAGCUCAUGCUGCAGAAUGCGGCUGUCGCUGCAAUGGCACAACAACAGCUGAACAUGACAGCCAUGAUGCAAGGGAGACCACCCUCGGUGAGCCCCACCAGUCCUGGCAUGAUGUCACCGAGUAUGAUGUCGCAGCAACAACAGCAGCAGCAGCAAGGUAAUAUAGCAACAUCUACACACUCGAACUCAAAUUCUGGAAGCAAGCAGAAUAAUGGGAAGCAAAACCAAAUACAGCAAGGGCAGGCAACUCCAAUGAUUGGUGGGAAGCCUGCUGUCAUGCCAACACAACAAGCUCAGCCAUUGGUUCUUAGUCAACUUGGUGCUGUUUUUGGUCAGAAUGCUGCAAACCAGGCUUUAGUUGCCCAGUCCAAGGGCCAAGUUCAAGGCCAGCCACAGCUCAUUACUACUCAGGCACCACUCCGCUUCAGUCAGCCACAGCUUGUCACCAACACGGGGCAGAUCAUCCAAUCAGGACCCUUAUUAACCAACCAGGCUGUCUUGCAGGCCAUGGCCAACCUGCAACAAGGCAUCCCAUUGGCUGCCCACCAGCCUCUGCUGACGGGCCACGGGCAGCCUCCCACCAUCAUGGCCGGACAGUCUGUGUAUAUUCGAACCAAUGGACCCAUCCAACCGCAGGGAAUGAUGGCCAACAUGCAGUUUCUGCAGCAAUAUCCAGGAAUGGGGGAAAGUGCCGUCAACCAGCUGCCGUACAUGCAGGCAGUUGCUGGAAUGAAACCAAACAAGAUCGAACUUCCACAUAAUUCUCAGGUGAAGACUGGGGGCUCGAAGACCCCCUCGGGGAAGACCCUGCUCCCGUCGAAGUCGUCUGCAAAAGUUCAGCCGACUAAAAUGGGUCAGAGUGCAAAACUGAACAUCCCACAGGUGAUUCCCAAACAGAAAAGCCGAUCCAAGUCCUCUUCCAAAACAUCGGCGUCGGUCCCCACCGCAGCUACCCACCCAGUCCAGAAACAGGCCCCCAACCCGGUCAAAGUGGUCACCCCCGUCGUUCAAUCAAACAUCACAGUUCCUGCAGCCAAGAGCCAAUCCGAUUCGGAGACAGAAACGGCCAAGGCUAACCGGGAGGAGCCCGAAACGGAACCCAGCAGCAAGUCGUUGGAUGUUUCCAUGGAUACCGUUACCACCGAGGAGACUAAGGAGUCCGGUGUCGAGAGCGAGGUUAAGGAGGGUAAGGAGGAGGUUGCAGCGGAGGAGGAGCCGAUGGAGGAGGUUGCCCCAAGUAAGCCGGUUCUGUUGCCGGAGCAGACGCCGGUGGUGGAGAAGCAGAGGGCGAUCGUGAAACCGCACAUCUUGACCCACAUCAUAGAGGGCUUCAUCAUCCAGGAGGGCUCCGAACCCUUCCCUGUCCAGCGGUCGUCACUGUUGACGGAAUACGUACCACCAAAACCGAGUCGGACAGAUCGAGAGUCGGACGAAGACAUGCCUGACCUCUCCUAUGACCCUCCACCCCCAGUCUUAGAACCUGAAGGCUUCGCCCCUCCUGCACCUCUGAUGUUGACGUGUGAAUACUGUGGAAACCAGGAACGUGCGUCGAAAUUCCGCCGAUCCAAGCGCUUCUGUUCAAUAAUGUGUGCCAAGCGAUACAACGUGGCCUGCUCCAAACGCAGUACCAUGUUCCGAGGAGGAGAAAACAAAGUUUUAACAGGAAAAGUUACAAAGUUUGUCCGCAAGCGAAAGCACGUGGUUGGAAACAGGAAAGGCUGGCGAUCAGAGCGUGGCGGUCGACUGUCCUACAACAUCAACAUGCCGGAUCCGUCAGGCACGAUGCAACAAUAUUUUGUGUCACAGCCUCACGGGGAAGACUUCAGCAGUUCUAACAGUGGACAGGAAGAAAGCAGCUCCUCCCCUACCUCCCCAGCCCAGCACCCCAACUUCGAGAUGUCUAGCAUGGAGUCCAGCACAGAUCCAGCCAAGUGGACUGUGAGUGAAGUGUACGAGUUCAUCAACUCCCUGCCGGGCUGCGCGUCGUACGCAGACGAGUUCCGCUCUCAGGAGAUCGACGGCCAGGCCCUGCUGCUGCUGAAGGAAGACCACCUGAUGUCGGCCAUGAACAUCAAACUGGGACCCGCACUCAAGAUCUGCGCCAAAAUCACGUCCAUCAAGGACGAGUUCGUUUAAUGUUCACAACACUCGCUUAGACAAAUAAUCGAAACAACACUCGCUUAGACAAAUAAUCGAAACAACACUCGCUAAGACAAAAAUAAUCGAAAUAAUCUUUGAGUGUCUUUAGCCAAUAUUACGGAACUAGACAUUUACAUUGUCAAAGAUAAGUUUGUUUAAUGUUCACAACACCACUUAGACAAAUAAUAUUUGAGUGUCUUUAGACAAUAUUAUGGAACUAGACAUUUACAUUAUCAAAGAUAAGUUUGUUUAAUGUUCACAACACCACUUAGACAAAUAAUGUUUAGUGUCUUUAGACAGUAUUGUGGAACUUGAUAUCAACAUUAUUAAAGACAAGUUUGUUUAAUAUUCAAACACUCACUUAGACAAAUAUGGCCGAAUUUACAAAGUCUUGUUUUUUUUUAAACACAGGUGUUUAAGCAUGGUAAAUGUAUGUAGUUACGUGUGUGUAAGACAUAAACAGGUGUUUAAGCAUGGUGAAUGUAUG